AUGGAUGGGACCGGGACCAGGUGGGCGUGUACUGAACAAGCGAGCGGCAAAGUCGGUCGAGAUGGCCGAGAAGCGUGGCCAUGCUGGCGUGGAAUGGGGGUAUGCACCUACCUGGUUGGGCUGGAUGGUUACUUUACGUGGUACUCUCUCUUUGAGCGCACUUGGGAAUACUGUAAAUGCACCUUCAAAGUGCCUAAGGUGCCCGCCCGACGUCCCGCAAGCAGUGCCGGGUCCCCCAGAAGAUGCAUGGCCAUGCCCCCAUGUAAACGGGUACCCGUAGCCCGCCGAGUUACAGUAGCUCAGUUUCCGGGGGUUUCGCGUGUAGACAGAAAAAAAAGAACGCGGGCGCGGGCGCCAAACGCGACUUCUGACCAGCGCGGGCAACUUGGUUUCCGGGGCGAGUCGCACGGCCAGCCGCCUCAAAAUCGAGCAAGCCGUGGACCACCUUUGAGCGGGCGGCUGGAGGGGCGUACAGCCAAAUCGGCUACGGGAAAAUACCCCUCUGGGCGAGUGCGGGGAGUCGGUGGUUGUGUCCAAUCCACGCGGCCGCCCACUUUCCUUGUCGAAGCUAAGUGGAGGCACAGUAUUACCACCCCUGACGCCCAUAGGUUCCUCAACUUUCGAACAGCGGCCGUGGCCGCGCAGCCCCUGUCCGCGCAUGACAAAUGCGACUUGGGCCAGGGGGCGGCUUCGAAAGUCGGGAAGCAGGGAUUCAACCAUGUCUUAGUAAGACAGAGAGAAUCAGAUAAACCGACUGCCUUCUAUUCAGCCUUUUUGCUAAUUGCGAGAUAUGGUCCUACACCAGAACCGCCGCACAAGAACACGCUCAAUGCACGCGACGGCAAACGAGAGAGAAAAACCCAGCCAGUUACAAGCAGGGUUGCCCGCGUUCGCUUCCAGUUCGUGUUUGUCCAAUCACAAGCAGAUACCGAUACCAGCGGUCUACGCAUCCUGAUUGGCCAAACACCCAAAGGCCUAGGCCACGUCUGUGGACAUCAGUCUCCAGCGUGUAGGGCGGGCGCGCGCAACUUUAUAAGGAUAACACAAGGGGAUCUCCCCGGGCGCGUCGGGUUCCCACCCGGUGCCAGCCAAUCGCGCCGCCAGUCGCGAUCAAAGUCAACAUUCGGGCCAUGA